AUGACGGUACCUUGGAAGGUCAGCGCCAUUGCAGUACUCUGGCUAGGUGCUACAGCCGUCGGUGCAAACCUUGAAUCAGAAACCUCUUCUGGAGCAGCCGUGUUCACGCACCCAGUCUAUCCUAGAGUCUUUGUCGCAAGGCAAGAACAAGAGAUCCCAGCUGAUGAUCGGAAUCCUCCUCCCCCCAUCGUCCCCAAUCCUCAGCCAAAUCAGCCCGCGGGCCCAAACACGCCUGUACCAGCUCCUGAGUCAGAAACAACAGCUGAACCCAAUAAUCCCCCUCCCCCUCCAGCUACAACAACAGCGGCACCAGCGCCGCAAGAGCCGGAGAUUACAACCGAGCCGGAAAAUCCACCGGCUCCAGUCACCACUGAGAAGCCUGAUGAACCAGAGGAUCCGAAGACAACUGAUGGCGCUCCUGUACCUGUACCAGUACCGGUUCCAGUUCCUAACAAACCUGAUGAUCCCAAAAAGCCUGACGACCCCAAAAAGCCGGAUGAUCCUAAAAACCCUGAUGAUCCGGAAAAGCCUGAUGAUCCCAAGAAGCCCGACGACCCUAAGACUCCAGACCUUCCAGAUGUCCCUGAUGUCCCUAAGAUCCCAGACGUUCCUAAGAUUCCUGAUGUACCCAAGGUUCCUGACACUCCCGACGAUCCCAAGAAACCUGACAACCCUCAAGAUCCCAAGGACCCUGAAAACCCGGACGAUCCUAAGAACCCCGAUGACCCUAAAGACCCGAAGGAUCCCGAGAACCCAGACCCAAAGGACCCUGAGAACCCCGAUCCUAAAGAUCCAGAGGAUCCUGAUCCUAAAGACCCCGAAGAUCCCAAGGACCCUCAAGAUCCUCAAGACCCCAAUGAACCAGAUGAUUGUGAGAAAAAAGAUCCGGCGCCAUGCACAAAGACCGUUUCCUUCUACUCAGAAAGUGAGACAUAUACCAGGCAAAGCUAUAGUACCGCCUACGUAACGUGCCCUGCGCCCAUCGACUGCCCCGCCAAACAGACCCCCACCAUCACCACCAGCAUCUUCCCCGAGGAGUCCGUCCUCUUUGGCGAAGUGCCAGCCGACAACGAGGCCAUUCCUACAAUGGAAGCGAUCGAAGACGACACCUCUCGUUACUUCCAGCAGGUCUUUGACGAUGAGAACAUCUCUAUCAACGACGCUCAACACCCGGAUGUUCAAUGCCAACAACAGAGCAGCGACGAUGUUCCUCGCGAUUGCUUCAUGUCCAUCUACUCUAAGUUCUGUGCCGAUGUUAAUGGACAUGUGGGCGAUGAACUGAGCAAGAACCUCACCGGAGCUGAUGCUGAGAGCGGGUCUCAAGAGAAACGUGCGUCGCUCAACAUGAGAAGACAUAUGCUCCGAGAACGAGCUGAGUCUUGCGAGGGCUGGGUGUUCGAAUACGACUGGAGCGGUUCAAAGGGCGAUUGCCAGAUUCCCUGUGGUGAUUCGAUGUACGCUUUUGGCGAUGAGUGCUUUGACUCUGAGAACAGCUUUCUCGAGGGUACCAUUGAUGUUGGAUGCGGUACCUACAAGUACACCGCUAUGCCUACCACAUCGACAACAGCACCGCCCUUUCACUUGACUGGUCUCCCAACACUUACCGAUGUUCCAGGACCUAUCUCUACUCCUGACGGUAGCUCAUGCGCUGAGACAGCGACUAACACACAGUGCGCUCAGGGGGGCGGUGGCAGAGGACAGGCAUGCGUCGAGAACACAUACUGCGCAUCAUGGGUCUCGACCAAGCCUACCGAAGCUCCAGCACCACCAGAGGAGAAGAUCACACCUCUGGAGUUAGGUCCAGUCUUCUGUAAGAACAGGGGCGGUGAUCAUAAGGACGUUAGUCCAGGCGCCGUGAAGGCCUUGGCAGAUGCCUACUGCGAGGCCAACCUGCCCGUUGAGAUGAAGUCCGACAGCCCUGUCUCUGGUACAACGAAGAGCGAUCUCUAUUACUAUGAGGUUUCGUGGGUUGAGGGAUGUAAGACGACUGUUGAGUCACAGGACCCGUAUACACCGCUUGGAAAGGAUGGCCCGCUUUGCAAAGAUUUAUUUGUCAAGGCUUAUGCAGGCUGCGACAAUGGCGGUAUUGGAGGGUACAUUGAUGCAGGCUGUGUGCGAUACAUGUUCCUUGGCGCUCAGUAG